AUGCUUAAUUACUAUGAAACGACUUUAAAAAUUAUAUUUAAGCCCAUCAGAUCUGAUGUCACGGCAUCCCGAGCGACAGACAGUGCGGCGCGGCGCGGCGCGGCGGUGGUCCGUCUAAUGAGUGUCCCUGCGACGCGACAAGCUGCAGCAAUCUCGAUCUUUGUGUCUCGGGAAAGAGUCGAUAGUGCCGGCACAGAGCUGGUCGCUUCGUUCCAAAUAUAUGUAGAACUGAUCAGUAGUUUG